CGCCACGUUCUUUGAUGACUGCAACAGAAAAAACCGAUAGAAAAAAAAGUAAAAAGGUAGCCACAUAACGUGUUCACAACUGACUCAACCCAUUGAUAAGAAAGAAACUCAAUUCCCUUAAUUCGUUCAGCCAGUUCAUGGCACCCGGUCAUCUUCAUUUCCAACAUCAUCAUCAAUUGCAGCCCAAUUGAACCUGCCACAUGCGCGUUGAAGAUGUGCCGCUUUUUGGUUUACAGAGGUAGCGACGAGAUCCUACUCUCGAAGUUGAUUCUCGACCCGACCCAUUCGAUCCUUAAGCAGUCUUUUGACUCGCGACUCCGACUAGAUACACGACGUGGUCAGAACAACGCGGAUGGAUUUGGUAUCGGAUUUUACACCGACCCGAAAUUGGGUGCCGCUCCCUGCAUAUUUACCUCAACCAUUCCAGCCUGGAAUUGCACCAAUCUACACCGCAUUGCCUCAAAGACAGCAUCCCGACUCGUAUUCGCACACGUUCGAGCUACGACUGAAGGUUCCUUGAGCGAGGAUAAUUGCCAUCCAUUUUACCAUGGAAGUUUGAUGUUUAUGCACAAUGGGGGAUUAGGAGGCUGGAAGCAUAUCAAGAGAAGGUUAGGUGAACGACUCCACGACAAGUGGUACCUCUGCGUACAAGGUGGAACCGAUAGCGAGUGGGCAUUUGCUCUGUUCUGCGACCGUCUCGAGCGUCUAGGCGUCAACCCCAGCUCUGAACCAAAGAACGGCUUUGGCCCAAGCGUAAUGCGCAAGGCCCUCUUACAGACAAUCGAGAUUAUCAACGAGCUUACCAUGGCAAUCCCUGAGAGCAUCAUCCAGAGCGAGAAUGUGGAUACCAGAAGUCUGCUGAACUUCGCCGUCACGGACGGCCACAGUAUCAUCUGCACGAGAUACGUGAGCAGCAAGACCGACCAAGCCGCCAGUCUAUAUUAUUCCUCUGGUACCCAAUGGGAGACCAAACCCUCCACGCCCUCCGCGUCCAAUGACCACGAUUACCAGAUGGAGCGACGCGAUAAGGGAGCAGACAUCGUUCUCGUUGCUAGCGAACCCCUGACUUUUGAACGAGAAAAUUGGGUCAAUGUUCCCACUAACUCCAUCCUGACCAUUCAUGGCCAAACAGUUAUGGUCAACCCGAUCAUUGAUGCCUUUUCUGAUCGUGACCCGUACCACCAGCGCUCUUCAGCAUUUGCGCAGACCAAAGGCCUCACUACAAACGAGAAGGCAGCUACGCGUGUUGCUAGCCCUAUAUCUACCCCAGGUAUCGAUCUGGAAAGUCAGAGGCGUAUUCUCGCUCCAUUGAUUCCUUCGGGUAUCGGACGAAGUCGAACACCGGAAGGACCAUCACUGCCGAUUCGGCCGAAGACCUCUCUCGCGUACGCAGAGUCAAGCUUAGCCUCGGACAUCCGUCUUCCUCCUAGUGACCCCCCUCCCCGCCCAACGGCUCGCCCGGAUAUCGGCCCCAAGCACCCUUCCCAAGGCAAUAUUAAGAAGAAACGCCGAUCUCUUAACUUCGGAGAACAGCCUCAUCCUGCCGAUCAUCAGGUGGAUACGGAGCUACCGAUGCCGGACAGCCCUAUCCAGAGCACUAUGUCGAGAGCUCCCGACUACACUACCUCGGAGAAGGCAGCACGUGUCCUCGGAAUGUCCCUAUAGUAAGGGAACUUCGUAGCAUAGCCUACCUCUCCAUCUUUUAUGUUCUCAUGGCGCUGCGUGGUGGAUUAGGAUUUCGAGAUUCGACGACAGAAUGAUUUUUUUUUUUCGCAGGGCGGCAAUAGCAAGGCGUUUCCGGUCGCUGGACUGUUUGAGGGGAGUAGCUUCACGUCUUCACAUGCGUAGCAUAGCACUAAAAGUUGAUCGCAAUCCCAUACCCGAUAUUGAAUUGAAGCUAAUUUUUUUAAACGAUGUUGAUGAUGAGU